AAACAUCCUAUGGUAAACACAGACUGGAAACAUGAGGAACAAGUAAAGAUCGUCUGACACUAACUAGUAACAUUACCAUUUCUGCAAAUAUGUAUUUGAGUAGAUCUAGCUUACAGGGAUCUCGUUGUUAUACAUCACUCCUGGCUGAGUUGCCUAUUUGAAACACGAACUUGGGCUAACAAGUCCAGCAUUAGCUCACAGAGAGUUGAAUGAGAUAUCGCUGUGCCUUUGCGAUAUGACGAAGGGAAUAUAAUAACCAUGGAUGCAUGUGAGGGACUUGAUUUGGCAUUACAAGACUUGUUGGAGUUAAGGGAGAAUGAAGUGGAAUUCGUCAGUGCACUGCGAGACCACAUCGAGUCCAACUGGCGGUUGAAGCUUCAAGUCGAAGACCUCCAGAAAAAGUUGGAUGUUAAAGAGGGACAACUUAAAGAGGCCAAUAGGACCAUCAGAGCUCUGAGAGGCAAUGUUCAAACACUUCAGGAGCAGGUGACAAUGCGUAAGAGAAACUACCGGAACAUACUGGGAAAGGCCCCGCCCACAAGAAAUAAAGAUGAAAUCCAGACACGGGCUCACACAAUUCCACCCGCCGUGGCCAUCUCGUGUGCUUCAGAGAGUCCUGAAUCUGUGGAUGACACCAGAGAGCAGUCUUCAGCGGAGGUGCCAGCUGUAGCAGGGGUGGACUGCAGUGCACAGAGGGCGACAGAAGAGUUUCAAGAAGACGAGGACGCCGUUGACAACGACGGAGACAGUGACUUCAUUCCUAAUAAUGAAGAUGUCCAGUCUGGCUCUGAUGAUGAGAAUAUCCCCGCACCCUCCAAGAAACGACGACGACAACCCAAAAGGAUUGUGGUCAAGAAACCGCGCCAUACCUGCGGCGUCUGUCAUCAGACAUUUUGGAAGCUGACAGGGCUCAGAGCACACCAGAAGUGUCACAAGGACAAAAACAUCGCUCCGCGACCGAGACCGAGGAAACGGCACUGUCGGCUGAAGGAAGAGGAAGGAACCGAAAAGCCACCGCGGCCGCCGCCGCCUCCUCUCGGGAAGCCGUACGAGUGCGACGAGUGCGGAAAGAGUUUCCGGACUUUAAGUCACCUCACCGUCCACCACAGGAUCCACACGGGGGAGAAACCGUACUCUUGCACCAUAUGCGAGAAGACGUUCGCCCAGAAGACCAGCGUCACGUCGCACCUGGUGACCCACGCCAGCAAGGACGCGCCGAUAGCGUGCCCGCACUGCCAGGUGACGUUCACGUCGUCCACGUCGCUCCGGCGGCACAUCGCGGGCCACCGGACGGAGAACCGGAACAUGUGCUCGAAGUGCGGCGCGGCGUUCGCCGGCGCGGCCGAGCUCAAGGCGCACAAGGCCUCGCACGCGGCCGAGCGCCCGCUCUCGUGCCCGCACUGCGCCAAGAGGUUCCGCAACGCGUCGGGCCUCAAGGAGCACGUGCGCACGCACACGGGCGAGCGGCCGUACCUGUGCCACGACUGCGGCCGCUCGUUCAGCUGCGCGCAGCACCUCAAGACGCACCGCCGCACGCACACCGGCGAGCGCCCGUACGCCUGCGCCGAGUGCGGCGAGCGCUUCGCCCAGGGCGUCACGCUGCGCAAGCACCGGCUGCGCCACACGGGCGAGAAGCCGCACCUGUGCUCGCUGUGCGGCAAGGCCUUCGCCCGCGCCGAGGUGCUCAAGACGCACAUGCGCGUGCACACCGGCGAGAAGCCGUACGGCUGCGGCGUGUGCGGACAGGCCUUCGGCUACGUGCAGACCCUGCAGUCGCACCAGCUGCGCAUGCACAUGAAAGAGGAGGACGCUUCAGGCGCGGCGGGAACGUAGAGCGCACACACACACGCAGCUCUUUUAGGCUGCUUCAGAAGCCUGGAGGACACAAGAACAGCUCUUUUAGGCUGCUUCAAAGGCCUGGAGGGCACACGGGCAGCUCUUUUAGGCUGCUUCAAAUGCCUGAAGGGCACAAGAACAGCUCUUUUAGGCUGCAUUCAAAUGCCUGGAGGACACAAGAACAGCUCUUUUAGGCUGCUUCAAAUAACUGAAGGGCACACGGGCAGCUCUUUUAGGCUGCUUCAAAUAACUGGAGGGCACACGGGCAGCUCUUUUAGGCUGCUUCAAAUAUCUGAGGGCCAAAUGCCUGGAGGGCGAUCGUAGCUACAUAAGUCAUAAGUGUCAGUUACAGAUUAAAUAUAUAAGGGAUGUCAGGAUGUUAUUAUCCGGUAUUGUUCAAUGUCUUUUCCAUCCUCCUGAAAAAAAAAGCUUGCUGCUUGUAAUUCAGUGUUAUAUGUGUUAUAUCUGUUAAGCAACAACAGUGGGGCAUGCAAUU